CCCUUUCUUUUUGGUUUCAUUUUUCUUUCAAAGGGGAAAACCACAUCAUGACUAUGCCAUUCCUACUACGGAUGAAAAGAAGCCUGGUCUGCUACGUAUGGUGCGCUGUAUUACCCACCGUCGUCUUUGCGAUAGACUCACAACAUCCAACCACAAGCAGCACCCUCUUUAACGUGAUCCAUGCACGUCGUUAUACGAUGAACGCCGAGCCCAUACCAGGCAACACGACCAUGGGGGUGCGAUUGAUUGACGAAAACAACAACGAAGCGAUCUUUCCCCUGCGCCCCUCUUCCGUCGAUCCGCUGAUUCACACCCUGCAAACCAACGGAUCACUCCCUCCCUCCUCCUACUAUCAAUAUCUCAUUUUGGACGAGCCACAGAUGGCUAUUAUAGAAGCAGAACCCUUUUUACGCUCUUUGAGAGACCAUCUGCCGUACGAACAUUACGGACGACCCAUAUCACGCAUGUUAUCCACUUCUCCAGCAGCAGCAGCAGCAGCGGAAAAUACGGCGGCCUCUUUCUUUUUUUCGUCUGCUCUACCCAGAGUGCCUUGGGAACAGUUACCUGCCCUCGUCGACGACGGGCCGCAAGCGGAUGCUAAAAAAGGCGCCCAUGGGGAGAAUGUCACCACGAACGCCCCUCCUCGAACGCUUGUCCAUCCCGUGGAUGAAAUUCCUACCCUUCACCUCCGUGCCCCAGUAGAAAAGAUUCAGCUUCUGCACGAUCAGGUGCUGGAGGAUAAUGUGAGCAUCUUUGCCCAUUUGACGCGCAUCACUGUGGAUGAAGUGCAAUCGUUUGAUCACAUCAAGCUCGAAUUGAGUGGACAGACGUCGCGCUUAUUCAAAAAGUUAUCUUAUAGUAUCCAUCUCUUGGAGAACAAGCCGGUGCAGUCGUCGUCCUCCUCUUUCCAUCACGACAACCAAAAUGACCCCACCGGCGGUGGAGGCGAAGAGAGCCAUCCACAUCCUCAUCGUCAAUCGACAGAAGAGGCUUCUGAAAGUGGCCUACACGGCUAUACACGGUUCAAAUUACGUUCCUGUGCGACCGAUCCUAGCUACAUGAGAGAAAAAUUAUACUACGACAUGCUGGAGGCUGCCGAUUUACCCACCGCGAAAGGUUCUUAUAUCAGGCUGUAUAUCAAUGAAGAACCUGCUGGUCUUUAUUUGAUGGUCGAUAGUUAUAAAAACCCCUUUUUACAGCAUGCGUUGGGUCAACAGGCACUCUCCCCCAAAAAAGACAAGCAUGGAAGCGGCGGCCAUUCUCCUCCAGCCGGCGUGUUAAUCCAAGGAAGCAUGCAAGAGAACCCCAUGGCCGUUGGAAAGUUACGGCUGGGUGCCAACCUAGCCUACUAUGGUCCGAACUACAAAGAUUAUGUAGAGCCGAGCAUGAAUGAUACGAUGGCGUAUAAAAUACAAGACUACGGUCAUGGACAUCAUCCUAAAAAAGCCAUGAAAGGGUUUAUUGAUUUUCUAGGGUUUAUCAACGAUGGCUAUGCUACAAAAGUAGACAAAGUCGGCACGCUCCAUAGGAUCCUAAAGAACAAAAAAGACGAUGACGACGACGACGACGACGACGACGAUACUAUGGACAAGCAUAAAAAGAAGCACAAGAAAAAGAAACAUCAGCACAAAAAGAAACAUCACAAGAAAGACAAGCGUCAAGAACGAAACGAGGUAGAAGAAUGGAAUAAACGCUUUGAUGUCUCUGGUUUUUUGAAGCACCUCGCUUUUGAAAUCUUGUUAGGUCAAGGCGAUGGCUAUUUACGUGCUGCUCAUAAUUACCUACUUUAUGAAGACGUGCUUCAAGGGGGUCGAUUCAUUUGGCUUGCUUCCGACGUUGAUCAAACCAUGGGCAAUACUUUGAAACCUGUGUGGGCUCCCGAUGCUCAUUAUGACGCAUUGAAGGCACCGUAUGGGCGUUCUCCAUUAUCCGCGUCGUCCAUGUUGUUUCUUCAGGACAUCCGACAGCGUCCUCUGAUUCAACGCUUAUUUGCCAUCGAAGAAUUUCAACAACAGUUCUACCACAUCCUCAAUCUUUUACGCCAGACGUACUUUCCUUCCCCAUUGGACAACAGCACCCAUGCGAACCACGGUGCCAGUCCAACGCUCGACUAUAUUCACUAUUGGAAAAUGAUGCUGGAGCGCGACGUCUACUGGGAUCAACAGUUGGAGCCCUACCGACAGGACAACUUUAUCCAUAAGCAAGACUUGUACCAAGAUGUCGUGACGCAAAAAGUAUUGCAAUUACCGAUGGGCCAGGAUUUCAUGGAUCGCAUCCGUCGACAAGACAUUGAUUUUGAUACAGCCAUUUCAGGCCCUAUUCCAAACCAUCAUCACUCUAUCGUUGCUCUUCAAGAUUGGUUUAAAGAAAAUGAGUGGGGCCUGUCGGCUAGAAUCAUUGCACAAAUUGUAGUCUCUUUAGGUUCUGUAGUGACAAGAGCUUUUGUAGCAGCCUAUAAACAAGCAGCAGCCAAUGCUGCCAAGGGAGGUGGAGCGGCCGCAGCUUCUGGUGGAGGAGGUAGAGCUGGUACAAAAGAAGCAGUGAUGGACGCUCUUACCCGUAAAUCAGGCAUUUCAAUGGAAGAAGCUUGUCAAAUUCUAAAUGUGACAAAAGAAGCUGAUUUAGCAAAACUGACAAAGAGCUAUGAACACUUGUUUAAUGUGAAUGAUCCUGCGAAAGGCGGCUCGUUUUAUCUACAAUCGAAAGUAGUGAGAGCUAAAGAAAGAUUUGACAUGGAAAAAGCACAAGAAUUGAAACAGAAAGCAACGGAAGAAGCGGCAGCAGCAGCUACAAAAGCAGCAGAAAAUACCAAUCCACCACCACCACCACCACCACCACCCCCUUCGGCGUCAUCAUGAUCCUGAUAGGAACGAGACGGCAAUAUUAUUAUUUUUUUGUCCUCAUUAUUUAACAUCUGUAUCAAUCUAUACACAUUUUUGCUUUCCACAUUGUUACAACAGAAAAAAGUCAGCAACCUUUUUUUUUUUUUUUUUUUUUUU